AUGGCGAAUGCUAGCUCAAAAGGAAAAGAAAAGACAAGCUGUUCUGGUAAAAGAAAUGAAAAUACAGUGAUCCAAGUGGAAACCAAUGAUAAUGUUAUAUCAAAACGUCAAUUGGCACAACAGGCACAAAAGGAACGGGAGAGAUUGAAACGCCCACCCAUUCAAUCUAGAAAGAAUAUAGACGUUGUGAUUCACGAUGAUUGUGACGUUAAUCGCCUUGGCAUAGUUGAGGUAGUACCAUGUCUUAUUUUUUUCGUGUAUUGUCAAUAA